ACCGGAUUGAAUAAAAAAGCACACCAAACAUUUGCACCAAGUCAGCAAGGCAAGCUCCAACUGCUACCAGGAUUGCAUGAACCUUGAAUGCAAUCUAACCGUGCUUUACCGUAAAAUGUUUUCUAGUAAAGUUGGUUGUUUAGUCUUGGGGGUUUCUUGUUUUAAACCGGCACGUGUCAGGAGUGGGCCGCUCCGCCCCGGGCUUCGGACUGGGUUCAGCUGGACAUCGGUGUGUCAACAGCGGUCACUGUGGCUGAGGAGAAGUGCCCUAAUGAAUAACAACCAGGGUGCCUUACACUGUCAAGCCAGUGUUCGUUCAGUCUCACAAACCACAGUUGACCCAAAUGAGGUGAGGAGGUUCCAGUCACUGGCCAGUAAGUGGUGGGAUGAACAAGGAGAGUUUGCAGCUUUACACGCAAUGAAUGACCUACGCGUGCCUUUUAUACGAGAUAAUUUGUUGAACAUUCACAGAGGACGUCAAACUGCAAAACCACUCGCAGGUCUCAAAAUACUAGAUGUUGGCUGUGGAGGUGGCCUGCUCACAGAGCCUCUCGGUCGCCUAGGUGCCUCUGUCCUUGGUAUAGAUCCGGUGGAGGACAGCAUUGGCACAGCGCAACUCCACUCGUCCUAUGACCCAGACCUCCGCCACAGAGUCAGAUACAGAGCCUGCAGCCUGGAGGAGCUCACAUCUGAGAGGCCAGAGGGAGCAGAGGCUGGGGAGGAGGUUGUGGGACAGUUUGACGCAGUAGUUGCGUCUGAAGUGGUUGAACAUCUUGCUGACCUGGAAACAUUUGCAUACUGCUGCAGUCUUGUACUGAAGCCUGGAGGUUCCCUCUUAAUCACUACGUUGAACAAAACAAACCUGUCCUGGUUACUGGGGAUUCUGGUCGCUGAAAAUGUGCUGCGAAUUGUUCCCCAGGGAACCCAUGAGUGGGAAAAAUUUAUCAGCCCAGAGGAGCUAGAGCGCCUCCUAGAAUCCAAUGGUUUCUCAGUGCAGUCUGUCAAAGGGAUGCUGUACAAUCCAGUAACAGGAGCCUGGAGCUGGACAGACAGUACAGCCAUCAACUACGCCCUUCAUGCUGUCAAACCAAGAGACGAGCCCCUUGUGCACCAGGUUGAAGAAGACAGUCCCCACCCACAGGACUCCACAACACAUGGUUGAGCCUGUCACCAAGGAGACGAGCAAGUCUGAAAAGACUGGGAUGCAUUAGACUGGGGUUAUUUGAGGACACACCAAAGCAAGACCUGUGACAUGUUACUUUGUUUAUCAUGACAAAUGAGAGUGUGUAUCAUUAUCACAUUUCAAAAUAGAUAAAAACAGAAAUUGUGUGUGAUAUCAAUGAAUUAAUGAAUUUUUGAAUAUAGCAUGACAUAACAGAGCCAGUGAAUCCAAGUGUUGAUAUCCACAGUGUGUGGCUGUGCAGAAGAUAAAGCAUUUUGUUGCAUGCACGGGUAGUUACAUUUCCUGAGCCCUUGUGGUUUUAUUAUGUAACAGCUGUAAAAAAUUAAAAAAAAUAAAAAUGUUAAGCUGUU